AUGUCUGUUGCUGCGCUGCACCGUGAUACCGCCUUCCAGGCGCGGUCUUUGUUCCGCUCUCUUCUGCGAACCUCGUCGCAGUUCUCCAACUACAACUUCCGUGAAUAUGCGCGCCGGAAAACGCGAGACAUGUUCCGCGAGAACCAGAAUGAGUCGCAGGAGCGCCGGAUACAAGAAUUGAUGCAGAAGGGUCUGCAGGAUUUGCGUCUGUUGAAGGUUAGUCUUCCAUUAUCGACCUGGCUAAGUUGGCUACCCCUCCGCGAUGCUCGGACAAUGCGUUCUAAAUAUCGAAAUGGCUUUGUCAUGAUAUCUUCCGUCUACGCUAAAGUUCAGAAUGAAAAAUAA